CCGCUUGGAACAACGGCCGGCGUACCGGAGGACUGACCCGGGGACUGCGGGACCACCGGGAGGCUGCUGACAGGCGCUAACAGGCGAUUCUUUCCCCGGGGAUAAACCUCCUCCUCCUCCUUGAAAAAGCGGCGGUCCGCUCCUUUCUCCCCCAUUUCCCUGCUCCGCUAGCGGCUCCGAGGCACCAGCGAUGUUGCUACCGAGCGUCUAGGAUUUUACCUCCUCCUCCUCCUCCUCCUGCCGCCGCCGCCGCCGUCCGUCCGUGCGUUUGUACCGACUGUAAAUAAAGCCGAGCGCAGACAGAAAAGCGACACCAGCGGGCUUCACUAUGGUUUUAUCGGCGCUCCGCAGCAGGAGAUGUCUUCAUAGCUGCUGUAUGGGGACGUUAUGCUUGCAGUUGUUGCUGUGGAUUUUAUGUGCCGUGAACGGAGAGGAGCAGCCGUUCAGCGUGGAGGCAUGGCUCCAGAGGUAUGGCUACCUCCCUCCUGCAGACCCCAGAAUGUCAGUGCUGCGUUCUGCCCGAGUCAUGCAGUCUGCUAUCGCUGCCAUGCAGCGCCGCUACGGCCUAAAUGUCACAGGGAGUCUGGACAGCAACACUAUAGACGAUAACACGAUAAGGUGGAUGAAGAAGCCCAGAUGUGGGGUUCCUGACCAGGUAGGAGGAGCGUUCAAAUUCAGCGUCAGGAAACGGCGGUACGCCCUCACAGGACAGAGGUGGCAACACAAACAUAUCACAUACAGCAUAAAGAACGUGACGCCCAAAGUGGGCGCCGAGGAGACCCACGACGCCAUCCGGCGAGCCUUCGACGUCUGGCAAAACGUGACGCCGCUGCGCUUCGAGGCCGUGCCCUACAGCGAGCUGGAGAGGACCAAGAAGGACGUGGACAUCACCAUCAUCUUCGCUUCAGGUUUCCACGGCGACAGCUCGCCCUUCGACGGCGAGGGGGGCUUCCUGGCUCACGCCUACUUUCCAGGGCCGGGGAUCGGAGGCGACACGCACUUUGACUCGGAUGAGCCGUGGACGCUGGGCAACCCCAACCAUGACGGUAACGAUUUGUUCCUGGUAGCGGUCCACGAGCUGGGCCACGCGCUGGGCCUCGAACACUCCAACGACCCCACGGCCAUCAUGGCUCCGUUUUACCAGUACAUGGACACGGACAACUUCAAACUGCCCAUGGACGACCUGCUGGGCAUCCAGAAGAUUUAUGGGCCUCCCGAUAAGAUUCCCCAGCCGACCAAACCUUUGCCCACGGCGCCGCCUCCUCGCUCCCAUCCACCUUCAGACCCACGUAAGCCAGACAGGCAGACGCGACCCCCAAGGCUGCCCCCGGGAGACAGGCCGUCCCACCCCAACUCUAAACCCAACAUCUGCGACGGAGGCUUCAACACCCUGGCCAUACUGAGGAGAGAGAUGUUCGUCUUCAAGGACCACUGGUUUUGGCGGGUGAGAGAUAACUCGGUGAUGCCGGGAUACCCGAUGCUCAUCAGCGUCUUCUGGAGGGGCCUCCCACCCAAGAUCGACGCCGUCUACGAGAACAGCGAGGGGAAGUUCGUCUUCUUCAAAGGGAAGCAGUUCUGGGUGUUUAAGGACACGGUGCUGCAGCCCGGAUACCCCAAGGACAUCACCCAGUUCGGCCACGGCAUGCCGGCCCAGAGCAUCGAGACGGCCGUGUGGUGGGAGGACGUGGCCAAGACCUACUUCUUUAAGGAGGACAGGUACUGGCGCUACAAUGAGGACAUGAGAACCAUGGAUCCUGGAUAUCCUAAGCCCAUCACAGUGUGGAGAGGUGUGCCUGACUCGCCACAGGGGGCCUUCGUCGACAAAGCCAAUGGUUUUACCUACUUCUACAAGGGGAAGGAGUACUGGAAGUUCAACAACCAGUUCCUGCGAGUGGAGCCGGGCUACCCGCGCUCCAUCCUCAAGGACUUCAUGGGCUGCGAGCUGACCCCCAUCGACCCCGGCCGCCCGCCGGCCGACGACGGCAACACGGACGUGGUGAUCGAGCUGGACAACGAGGCCAACACGGUGAAGGCCAUCGCCAUCGUCAUCCCCUGCGUGCUGGCGCUGUGCCUCCUGGUGCUGGUCUACACCGUGGUGCAGUUCAAGAGGAAGGGUACGCCACGCCACAUACUGUACUGCAAACGCUCCAUGCAGGAAUGGGUCUGAAGCGCUGGAACGAGACCGGAGGGCGGGGCGAGGGUGGGAGGAGAGGCUGCUGACAAACAGGACGGCCGCCGGCUUUCACAGGGAGGAGGAGGAGGACGGCGGACUGGGGACAGCUUUACUCUAAACACAGCCACGCCUCCUCCUCUGGGCCGACCCGAGACCUUCGCUCAGACCCGCACAGACAGUCUGACGGCGAUCCCUCACGCUGAAGGCGAUCCAGGACUCAGAGCUGACUCCGCUAGCCCCCAGCCUUUUUAACAAACAGGGGGGUAGAGGGGCAGUUUGUGGGGGGAGGGAGGGGUCUUUGUCAGGAAUGACCUUCAGUCCCAAUCCAAAAAAAACAAAACAACAACAACAACAAAAAAACGAGGGUCAGCAUCACUUUGUAUCGCAGAAACUUGACUUCCUGUCCCCCUUCUUCUUCUUCUUCUACUUCUUCUUCUUCUUCUUCUUCUUCGGUUUCUCCGCCUGACUGCUUUUAACGAGGGGAGGACGUUCAGGGGGACGAGCUGCAUCGCCAUCCGUCAUAUCAGGUUGUUGGUCCAACAACACUUUUCUAUUGACUGGUGUGGGUGCCCCCCCUCCCCGCUUCAUUGUGCGCUCAAAAAAACAGUCUUAGAAAAAAGUUAAUCACAUUACCCAUCAUCUUUUAUUGUUUUUUUUUUCUUUCAAAUUUUUUCUUUUAAUUUGAAUUUCUUUGAGAAAGGAGGUCCUCACUGUUCCCUUUAAGACACUCCUGAGGAAGAGACCAAACGAAACCAAAUAAAAUCAAUUUCUCUCCAAAGAGGAUCACGUUUUUAAACUUUUUUUUUUGUUGGGUUCUCAUUUCCGUUUCACUCUUCUUUCCCUUCUCUGGAUCCGUGCAGCGAUUAAGAGUCUGGGAGCUCCGACUGUUGUGGCAGUCUGUUUGAGACACAGGGGCCAAAUUAUUCUGCAAUAUUUUAACUCGCCUUAAUUAUAGAUCAUUACUACUUGUGCUUGGUUUUUGCUGUUCUUGGUGUUGUUUAUUUUUUUGUUUGUUUGUUUGUUUUUUUUAUUCGUAUACCGCUUUUGUUUUCGUUUGUUUGUAACAGGAGCUAAUUAAGCGCUUCUCGUGAUUGGUAUUUUCUGGAUUUUAUUACCCAGAACCCUCGGCACUGGCUUGCUGAGCCGUUCUGGACAGAAUACGCAGCAGAGGUGGGCCUGUACUGAGAGUCAUGUGUUGUAUCGUGUAGAGAAGGUUCUGGAGUAAAGCCACUAUUUUUGUGUGUUAAGAUAUUUGUUACUGUUCCUUAUUUCCAUUCGACAGAAACGAGGCCACAGAGAGCUGGAGGGCCUCGUUAUGGGAUUUGUUCUCGGUCUGUACCCCCCUCAGUUUGAAGAACAGCUAAAGUGUGCAUUCAAAACGGUGGCGUGGUUAUCGGAGACCGGACAGACCUUUUUGUUUUUAUUGUGUUUUUUUAAAAAGAAAUUCUGUUGACUGCCUUGUUUGAGAGAGCUCACAGUUCCCAGAAUGCUCUUGUCUCGUGACUGAGGACCCACAAAGUGAGACACCAAGUCAGGAUCAGUGCCUGUGUCCACGUGCAUGCAAGCAUUUACUGUACAUCCACCUGGUUCUGCUCAACAUGGCUCUGGAGCCUCCCUCAGAAGCUGAGGAGGACGUUUUCUCUUAAAAAAAAAAAUACUGUUUUGCAUUUAUUUUUGUACCUUUUAAAUGUUCCCCCAGCCGCCUUCCUCCAGGUACAACGAAAUCUAAGAGAUAAAAAAAAAAAAAACAAUCUAUGUGGUACAUUUGGGAAAUUACUGGGAGAUCUGAUGGCGAUUGGAUUCUUCAAAUUGGCCUCGACGAACCGUGUCGUGUCCUCGCCGUGGUGGCGAGCGGUCUUUGAAUGUGUGUUUGUUUUCAUGAUCACAUACUGGGUUUUUACUUUUUCUUUCUUUCCUGUUUUCUGGUCAAAACAAAUUGGACAUCUCACAAUGACUUCUUUGUGUAAGACUUUGGGACGCCAGAAAAACCAUGUCCUGACUGAAUGAAUAAACUGAUCAAUACAUGAUGAAGA